CUUGGGACUGGGGAGAGGUUCUCGGACAGGAUCGUGGCGGGGUACCCGACCCCGACACGAGUCUCGAGCUGCGGGGACCGUUAGCAGCCGCCCGACGGCCGUCCCGAGAGCCCCAGACCCGCGCCAACGGCUAAGUACUGUCUUCACUACGUCCCGAGACAUGACCACACUGAAAGGCUUGUGACCUAGCUGUAGCUUUUACUGUUUGCCUUAUCCUGUGACCUCGGAGGGAGCUAGUGAAAGCUCGUUUUCAUCUGACCAUCUCCCUCUUCUGCCAGCUGAGGUUCAUGUGCUGAAGAUUUCCCCUUUCCCCACAGGUCUCGCGUAUCCUGACACCAAGAUGAGAGGGGUGGUUUUUCAACCUGCAGAGAUGAGCCUCAUGGACAUCACUAAGAUAUUCUCCCUGCUGCAACAACCUGACGAGGAAGACAAUGCUACCGAGAAGCAAGAGCUGAGUCAAAUCGUUUGUAACAACGACGCCAGGACCUUAGACCAGCUCCUUCACCAUCAGCGCUACAAGCGCUUCAUCAAUAGCCGCAGUGGCUGGGGUGUGCCGGGUACCCCACUACGCCUGGCUGCCUCUCAAGGCCACCUUAGCUGCCUGAAAGUUCUCCUGGCUCAUGGGGCAGAAGUGGAUAGUCUGGAUGUUAAGGCCCAGACACCCCUGUUCACUGCAGUCAUUCACGGGCAUUUGGAUUGCGUUCGGGUCCUGCUGGAAGCCGGUGCCAGUCCUGGGGGGAGCAUCUAUAACAACAGUUCCCCAGUCCUCACAGCUGCUAAAGAUGGUGCCAGUGAGAUUCUAAGGGAGCUCCUGGUUCAUGGAGCAGAAGUCAAUGUCAAGGCUAGGGUACCAGAUUGGGCUUCUAACAUUGCCUCCUGCUCCGGGCCUCUUUACCUUUCAGCUGUCUAUGGUCACCUGGAGUGCUUCCGUCUUCUUCUGUUGUAUGGAGCUGACCCAGACUACAACUGCACAGAUAGACAGCUACUUUCACGGAUACCCAAGCCACGCACACUGCUAGAAUUCUGCCUACAGCAUAACUGCCCCCUUGAGUACAUCCAGCUGCUUGUGGACUUUGGGGCCAAUGUCUAUCUCCCAUCUCUCCCACUGGAGAAGACAGACCCCGAUGGGGAAGGUGUGGCUCUACUGAUGAGAGAAAGAACUCAACCCAAAUCCCUGAUGUCACAGGCUCGUCUUGCAGUCCGAAAAGCUCUUCAGUGCUCUUUUCAGGUCAAUCUCAUCGACCAGCUAGAUAUCCCACCUGUGUUGAUUAAUUAUCUCAAGCACCAGUCUUAAGGCGAGUGGGCUGUGGCUGAUUUGGGAAAGCAGAAGCCCGGGGCUCACAUAUUCAUAAGCCUAUCCACCCUGAAAAGGAACACCUGUCAUCUACCUGGAGCUGAUAACAUUCACUUCACUUUUUCUGUGUCAAUAAAGGUGCUAAAAGGUAGACUCGAAA